ACGACCUGGAGGAUGGUCUGUGUACAUCACUCAGACCGCUGCUCUCAUUCUCAAGUUUUCCUAUUAUAUCUCAUCAAUUUAUCCACCCUGACGGUGCUAUAUUUUAUACCAGACUUGUGAGGGUUGAGGCUGGUGGAUCCUCCCUUCUGGUGGCGGGUCAUAAUAUACAGUCAACAUGGAGUCUCAGAGCACAUUGGCUGAAGCAGAUUCGACAUCAAUCAUCCCAACCCUAGAAUCUCUUUCAAAUGUGGUUCAUACCUUCAGUUCGACCCAUUCUCUCUCUGCUUCAUCAUCUCCUACUCAGUCUCCACUCACUGUGAUUACAUCAUCAGGUUCAAUAACAGUUUGGUCCCAGUCACAGUCUUCCUCGACAGAUUGCCCUCAUCCACAGUCUCCAACAUCAGAGUAUCUUCAGUCAAGCUCUCCCCCAGCAGAAUCUUUGCUGUUGUCACCCUCACAGUCAUCUGUUUGGAAUCCAUCAUCUGAGUCAUCAGUCUUAACAUCACAGUCUACAACCAACACAUCCAUCUCAAAUUCGUCUUUAGGGACUCAGCCUAUAACUGUAUUGUCAUCCACAGCUACACCUUCCUCUCAUUCCUCAUCACAUUUGCCCCUCUCUCACCCAUCAGUAGUCAUUCCAUCCACAUUGUCAUCCACGGAGUCAUCAUUAUCACAGUCCCCGCCUAAUGAGUUGCAAACUUCACAUUCACAGUCUACCUCUGUAGCAGCUUAUGACCCAGCACAGCAGUUAUCACAGUUUCAAGUAGCUCUCUCAGCAAUAUCCACUGUAUUAUCUCCACUCUCCCCACCCUUAGUGUUACCCAACCCACAGUCACCCCCUGCUGUAUCAUUAGACCAAGAAUCCUUCUACCUGCCUAGCACUUCUUCAGGAAGUUGGCGUUAUGACCCACUAGCUUCUCCAGAUUGGGAUCGUGCAGGACCACCUGGAAAUCUUUGUGCUGGUCGUGUGAAGAAAGACCUCAGUAGUAUCUUCACUGAGCCUUUACCAGGAAUAUUUGCUGCCCCUGAGGAAGACAACUUAUUCAAGGUCCACUGCCUUAUAAUUGGGCCUUUUGACACACCGUAUGAGGGUGGAUUCUUCCAUUUCCUCAUCCGAUUUGGCCCACAGUACCCGCUUCAUCCACCCAGAGUACGAUUAUUAACAACUGGAGGAGAUUCAGUUAGAUUCAAUCCAAACUUGUAUAAAAAUGGCAAAGUUUGCCUUAGUAUUUUGGGUACUUGGUCGGGUCCAGCGUGGAGUCCGGCAUCGAAUCUUUCGAGCGUGUUGUUAUCUCUGCAGUCUCUCAUGAAUGAACGCCCAUACCACAACGAACCUGGCUAUGAAGAGGAGCAUAACAUUGGAGACAGUGAACGUUAUAAUGCCAUUAUCAUGCAUGAGUCCAUCAGGGUUGCUGUCAUACAACAGCUGGAGGGCAACACUACUGCUCCUCCAGACCUGCUCAAUGUUAUGCAGGCUUCAUUCAUGGAGUAUUAUGACCAUUAUGUUGAAAUAUGUGAAAAGAAUAAGCACAGAGAUGGUCAGACAAUGGAUGAUCCUUUUGGAGAAAGACGAGGUCGUUUUCAGUAUGGUACGUUGCUAAAGCACCUGAAGAAGUUAAAAAUGAAGCUGAAGGCAAAUGGCAUCCCAGAAGUGCCAGAAGUGCCUAUUUCAGCUGAAAAUGAUGAUGUCUCGAGUAUAUCUGAAAGUGAAGAAGGUUCGCCAGCUAGUGAAGGAGAAGAGUAAAGCAGUCAAAAAAGAUUUCUUUCUCUUUUUUUUGUGAACAAGGUAAAUGACUUAGUGUUUUGUUAAAACUUUAUUUACACAUCACAAUUAUUUUUAAAUUGGUUCGUGUUACAAAAGUUUUGUCUCAUCGAUGUCGUUCAUAAUAUUCUUUUAUGAGAUAAAUAUCCUUUUAUCUCAAAAGUUAGCCAUAAUGAAAUGCUUAUAAGUGAAAAAAUGGUGAAAAUUAAGUGUUUUGGGUUUAUUUUCUAUAUUUUAAAUGAAAAAAAAUGUAUACAAAGACAUGUGAAACACAGGUUUUCUAAGUGUGAUGCAACUUGGUCUUGACAGAGCCAGUCAGAAUUAAUGGAGCAUACAGUAGUCAUGCUUUAUCUGUAAGUUGGUUAACUUCAAAGUAAUCACCUGCCAGUCCACUGCUUGCAAUAUUGUGUAUGUUAGUAACUAUGUAUAUUGCCAGCCAGCCCACUGCCUUACAGCGUGUGAUGAUAGCUCGUAUUAUCACUAUAAAUUUUAGAUUAUUCUUUGUUGCAGUACUGUUACAUCAGCAACCUAAGGAAAAGAAUUUUAAGUAAAUCUCAAUUGUAAUAAAAUGGUUCUCCACAUGUAUGCCAUCACCCAUUAUCAUGGGUUGAGAUCCUGCCAGGAGACUAAAUGUAACAGUUUGAGUACUUCAAAGUCAGUGCUUUGAUGCUAGCAAUGGGUUCUUGAUUUAAGAAACUGGAGCUGCCCUCUCCUUUUUGUCAAACCUGAUUGCCUUCCGUUCUGCAGGUGCUGUAUGACCCCUAUGGGUUGAGUGCUUUCCCAUAAUAUAAAAAUAAUUCAAACAACAUGCUUAGUUGCACCUAGGUAACUUACAGGCUCAUAAGUUUUGCUCCACAAUUCAAGGAUUUUCAGUACAUAAUGUUACUCUUUGUAUUUAGUGCACCAUGGUGCCAGACUAACUGGAUGCUCCUUAGAGAGAGAAUUUUUGAUAUGAAUGUUUAUAUAUAAUGUCCUGUGAAGGAAAAUGUUUGGUACUGUAUAUUUUCAUGCCCCCAGGAGCAAUGUCACACAGGAUAUUCACAUUCAGUCAAUGUUUUCAAGUAAUUAUUCCUUACAUUAUUGCCUUUUUUACAAUUAUGUUCAUGUCAUUGGAAGGAUGUUUCUAUGUCCUAAGUAAUUUUUUGUACUAUUCCUGAUUCUUCUUUUAUGUAUUUUUAGGUUAAAUCAUUUCAAUUUCUCAUGCAGAGAGCAAGAGGGUAAAUGCAUAAUUAUGAAUAAUUUGACAUCAUACUUAUAAAUACCUUUGAUGUUGCUGACUCAGAGAAACAAAUGUUUGUGUUGAUUUGGUUAUCAGCUGCCAACUGCUUGUUUCAUUUGUCUUUAUAUGUUAUUAUACACAUAUACUGUAGGUUAUUGUGAAGAAAUACAAUUUUGUUUAAUUUAAUAAAAUUUUGUAUUAAUAUUUUUUAAGUAGAGGACUGCAGUCUAAUUACAUAUUAUCAAUUUUAUAAAAUAGUAUAAUCUCCAGUGCUUCACAUUAAGAUAUAAACGGAUAGCCUGAAUGUAUGAGACUGAAACUAAUGAUGACAUUUCAGUUUGACUUGGACCUCUUAACUGGUCACACACAGAAAUGCAAGAGGAAAUGAGCUAGACUAUAUAUAUAAGAGAGGGGGGCAAGGGAUUAGAAUGAUAAUAGUAGAACUCCUAUCCCUUGCCCCCAGUUCAUAUAUAUUCUGACUUCCUUCCCUUCAUGUUUAUCAGUGUUACUAUCAGUGGUCCGAGUCAGAUCAAAGCGUUGACUUAAGUUUGUCUCCUACAUGUGGGUUAAUUUGCGUACUGUUCCAGUUAUGGUAUUCUGUCUUUUUACUCAUUAAAUACAUAAUCAUAUUUCAUAGUCUCAUAUGAUACAAGGCACUGCAGUCUUUAAGUAAAUUUAAUAACUGUUGCUUUCAAAACAUUGCAAAAUACUGUAUGGCCCAUAUUGUUUCUACAAAAGAUACUAAUCAUGUCUCUUGGAUUCACUUUAUUUAUAAAUAUGAAAUCUGUAUAAAUGAUUAAUUAUAUAUGCAUUAUACUGAGGAUGUUAAAACAAUUUUGCUAGGAAAAGGCAGUCAGCUUAUCACUGUUUAUCAUUUCUUAAUAUGAUAUACUUAUUACAGGUUUCCCUUCACUUUAUGUAGAUUUGCUGGAUGCAAAUUCACUUUAAUGGGAUAUCCUAUUGCUAUAGGUAAUUCUGUAUAUGCAAUAUGCACUUGCCAUGUGUGAUCAGUGUGGUUUGCAAAGUGUAUUGAUGAGUUUUAUUUUGUAAAAUUAAGUGUUUGACCUUACUGAUUAAUGUAACUGUCAUGUCUGAUACUCUUCUGCAGUAUAACAUGAGGGACACUGUACUUGCUGUAUGUAUGACACAGAUUCUCUGUUCAAAGUCAAGAUGGAUUGCUAAUAUCUCUCAUGUACUAGACUGAAUAACUAAAGCAACCUGGGGUUUCUGGGAAGUACUGCAUUUAUAUUGCUAUUUUGUGCAAGCUCACCUUAGUUUGAUACCAACAGUGACGACAGCUUUGCUGCCCCGCAAGUUAUUACCCUUUUGGAAUUUCCAUUUGGUUAUAAUAGCUACAGGAGUAGAGCUCACGUAAUUCUUUAAAGUUUCUAGUGGUUAUAUUAUGCCUUAAGUCCUUGACUUAUUAUGUUGUUAUUAUGAGUCAGGGUGGCCCAAAAAGAAAAACAAAAGUUUCUCUUUUUAAUUUCAGUAAUGUAUACAGGAGAAGGGGUUACUAGCCCCUUGCUCCUGUAUAAUGUUAAUAUGUUCUUGAAAUUGUUCAUAAAUCAGUUAUUUUGAACCUGAAACCUGUUUUCCUAUAAACACAAUAUCAGAGAUGCAUUCCUGAGCCAUAUUCCAUAUCUAACUUCCUCUUUCUUUAACCAAGAAUAUUUACCCAAGAUUUACAGUACAGUGGUCCCUUGAGUUACAAUAAUUUUGAGUUACAAUUUGCCCUCAAAGGAAUUUAGUUUUGAGUUGCGACGAAAAAUUUGAGGUAUGGUAUGCAUAUAAUGGUAUGACUGUUGUAGGCUGCAUCCUUGGGAACAAGAUUAACUUCAGUUUCUGUAUACAGUAGUAUGCCAAUGAUAUCAGUAAAGUCUGUAAUAGUUGUAUCAUGUACUUGUAGAAAUAUUCUUCUUUCAACAAACCGGCCGUAUCCCACCAAGGCAGGGUGACCCAAAAAGAAAAACUGAAGUUUCUCUUCUUAACUUUAAUGAUGUAUGCAGGAAAAGGGGUUACUAGCCCCUUGCUCCUGGCAUGUUAAUCACCUCUUACAACACACAUGGCUUACAGAGGAAGAAUUCUGUUCCACUUUCGUAUGGAGAUAAGAGGAAAUAAGGACAAAAACUUGUAGGAAAAUAGAAGAAAACCCAGAGGGGUGUGUAUUUAUAUGCCUCGGUGGGAGACGGCCGACUUGUUGAAAAAAAAAAAAAAAAAAAAAAAAUAUGCAAGUGCAGUGUAACCUAAGUGUAAGUAGAAGUAACAAGACAUACCUGAAAUCUUGCAUGUUUAUGAGACAGAAAAAAAGACACCAGCAAUCCUACCAUCAUGUACAAAUAAUUAAAGGUUUCCAUUUACAUUCACUUGGCAGGACAGUAGUACCUCCCUGGGCGUUUGCUGUCUAUCAACCUACUACCUACAGAAAUUAUUCUUUCUUUCAACACACCGGCCAUAUCCCACCAAGGCAGGGUGGCCCAAAAAGAAAAACGAAAGUUUCUCUUUUUAAAUUUUGUAAUUUAUACAGGAGAAGGAGUUACUAGGCCCUUGCUCUCGGCAUUUUAGUCGCCUCUUACAACACGUAUGGCUUACGGAGGAAGAAUUCUGUUCCACUUCCCCAUGGAGAUAAGAGGAAAUCAACAAGAACAAGAACUAGAAAGAAAAUAGAAGAAAACCCAGAGGGGUGUGUAUAUAUAUAUGCUUGUACAUGUAUGUGUAGUGUGACCUAAGUGUAAGUAGAAGUAGCAAGACGUACCUGAAAUCUUGCAUGUUUAAGAGACAGAAAAAAGACACCAGCAAUCUUACCAUUAUGUAAAACAAUUACAGGAUUCUGUUUUACACUCAUUUGGCAGGACGGUAGUACCUCCCUGGGUGGUUGCUGUCUACCAACCUACUACCUAAUUAUUAUUAUUAUUAUUAUUGUUAUUACUGUAUUAUUAUUAUUGUUUUAUUAUUAUUAUUAUUAUUAUUAUUAUUAUUAUUAUUAUUAUGAUCAGCAUGUGUGAGUAUACGUUAGCCAACCAGUAAUGUGGUAGCUUGCCUCUUAGACAGCAUGUGCACCAAUGGGAAUGGGGGUCUAGGAGGGUGGCUUAGCAGCCAGUCAGCAACAGUGCUGAAUGUCCCUGCCAAUAGCAAAGUUUGUAUUACAGUUCAUUGUUUAUUCUUCACUUUUAACCCUUUCAGGGUUUCGGCCGUACUAGUACGGCUUACGCACCAGGGUUUUUGACGUACAGUGGACCCCUGCAUAGCGACCUUAAUCCGUGCAAGAGGGCUGGCUGUUAUGCGAAAUGUUCGCUAUGUGAAUGAAUUUUCCCCAUAAGAAAUAAUGGAAAUCAAAUUAAUCCGUGCAAGACACCCAAAAGUUUGAAAAAAAAAAUUUUACCACAUGAAAUAUACAUUUUCCUACACACAAAGAGAAGGAUACAUGCACAAUAGUAGAG